AUGGUGCAGUGGCAGAGGCAUCUUUUCCCAGUUUUUCGUCGCAUUCAUAAGGGAGUGGAGCAUGCCAAUCACUCGGCUACAAACCUUGUAAUUUAUCGCUUUGGCUCUUCUCUUACACAAGGUCAGUUACAGAGGCAAUCUUCAAUAAGUAUUCCAAGCAUUGCAAGGCCGUUUUAUCAGUGUUUUCAAUAUCAGGGAAUUUCAAGUUCUACCCAGUUGCUCAAAAAUUCAUCUGAGGACGCACCUGUUUCAUCGCCUUUAGUGCCAGUUUCUUCAUUAGGUAGUUCAAAAGGUGAAGAACAGAAUCAGAAAGCUAUUACUAAGGCAGAUAAGGUUCAAGCAGUACUAAAGAAAAUAAAGCAGAGUCCAAAGAAGCUGAACUUGGUUGCUGCUUUGGUACGUGGUAUGCUUGUUAAAGAUGCAUUGCUGCAGUUGCAAGUGACAGUAAAGCGGGCUUCAAAAACUGUAUAUCAGGUUAUUCAUUCAGCCCGAGCAAAUGCUUCUCACAAUCACGGGUUGGAUCCAGAACGCCUCAUUGUUGCCGAAGCAUUUGUUGGAAAGGGAGAUUUUAAGAGAAGAAUUUCCUACCAUGGCAAAGGAAGAUCUGGAGUCAUGCACAGACCAGAAUCCAGGCUAACUGUUGUAGUUAGAGAGAUAACCCCUGAAGAAGAGGCAGAUAUUGCUAGGCUGAAAGUCCACAACUUUAAGAAGCUCACUAAGAGGGAGAGUCGACUUGUGCCCCACCAGCUUAUCGAGACCACUCCUGUUUGGGGCCGAAAAAACAAAUCUAGCCGUCAAGACUCGAUUGCUGCAGUUGCAUGA